AUGAACUUCAUCCUUUGUGCCUACAACAAUGAAAGUGCCCGCAUGGAGGAGCUGGAGGAGGAGACAGAGGCUGAACGUGCCUCUCGAGCGAAAGCAGAGAAGCAGCGGGCUGAUCUCUCCAGGGAACUCGAGGAGAUCAGUGAGCGUCUGGAAGAAGCUGGUGGAGCCACAGCGGUUCAGAUUGAGAUGAACAAGAAGCGUGAGGCAGAAUUCCAGAAAAUGCGCCGAGACCUUGAGGAGGCCACUCUGCUGCACGAAGCCACAGCCACCACCCUCCGGAAGAAGCACGCGGACAGCACAGCAGAGCUUGGGGAGCAAAUCGACAACCUGCAACGAGUCAAGCAGAAGCUGGAGAAAGAGAAGAGUGAACUGAAGAUGGAGACUGACGACCUGGCUAGUAACGUGGAGACUGUCUCCAAAGCCAAGGUUUGGGGAUUUGGGGAUCAGGGCCAGGCAGGGUUUGAGGAAGGGGUGGACCGGGUUUGA